GCGAAACGCGCCCUAGUCGUGGCUUCUCUUCCUGACCAGCUCGUGGCGGCAGCAGUGAUAAUUUCAUCCGUAUUAAAAAAUAUAAAUCGCUUGGAAUCUGACAAAUAAAAAAUUUGGCGUCUUUUCAAAUCAACCCAUAAUUAGUUGCAUUGCAAAGGUGAAAUGGCUUCGACGCUUUUCUCCAGAAGGUUUUUGGCUACAAGUCACCGCUUGAUUACUCCUUCUCUUCUUCCUCAAAACACCCCUAAUCUCGCCGCCUUUCUGAGUAACAGAGCAUUUCACUCUCAGUUAGGCUCUGCUUCUACAGCCUGCAAAUCAACUACAUGGGCUCGUGGAGCCAUGGCUUCUGCUGGAGUUGGGGCAAAAGCAGGCUACUCGACUUCAUCCGUAUCAACCAAUGAACCUGUUGUCUCUGUUGAUUGGCUCCAUUCUAAUCUUAGAGAGCCUGAUUUGAAGGUCUUGGAUGCUUCAUGGUACAUGCCAGAAGAGCAGAGGAAUCCGAUCCAAGAAUAUCAGGUUGCUCAUAUUCCUGGUGCUCUCUUCUUUGAUUUGGAUGGAAUAUCAGAUCGAACAACAAGUUUGCCACAUAUGUUGCCGACUGAGGAAGCUUUUGCUGCUGGUUGUUCUGCUCUUGGAAUUGAGAACAAAGAUGGAGUGGUUGUUUAUGAUGCAAAGGGGAUCUUUAGUGCAGCCCGUGUAUGGUGGAUGUUCCGAGUUUUUGGACAUAACAAAGUAUGGGUGCUCGAUGGAGGUUUACCAAGAUGGCGUGCUUCAGGUUAUGAUGUUGAAUCUAGUGCAUCAGGUGAUGCUAUUUUGAAAGCCAGUGCCGCAAGUGAGGCUAUAGAGAAAAUAUAUCAAGGACAAACCGUCAGUCCAAUAACCUUUCAGACGAAGUUUCAGCCACAUCUAGUGUGGGCACUUGAUCAGGUCAAGAAUAAUAUGGAGGAUCAGACAUAUCAACACAUAGACGCUCGUUCCAAAGCCAGGUUUGAUGGUACUGCUCCAGAACCCAGGAAGGGAAUAAGAAGCGGUCAUAUACCUGGAAGCAAGUGUGUCCCUUUUCCUCAGAUGUUUGAUUCUUCUUCUCAAACACUGUUACCAGCAGAAGAGUUGAAGAAACGAUUUGAACAAGAAGACAUCUCACUGGACAAGCCUAUUAUGGCCUCGUGUGGCACUGGCGUAACAGCUUGCAUCCUGGCAAUGGGGCUUCACCGGCUGGGAAAAACCGAUGUGCCAGUUUACGAUGGCUCGUGGACCGAAUGGGCAACAGAACCAGACUUGCCCAUGGAAGGUGAUGAAUCUUCCUCAUAAAAAUUCCCAAGGGAAAAGCUAGCAACAAGAUUACAAGCCAUAUACACAGAUAUAAUAAUGAUGUUCAACUUGAGAAAUUGGCAAGUAAUCAAAAUCCAGUUGCUGGUUUAAAGUAAAAGAGAAUUGUAUCUAUGUUGGUUUUUUUUCAUCUUCUUCUGAUGACAAAAGGUUAUUCUCUGUUUUCUUUCGAAUAAAAUCAACAAACAGAAAAUUGUUUAUGAUUCGGAAGCAAAUAUCUUGAAACAGUCAUGAUCACAU